AUGUUGUUUUUUGAAUUAACAAUAUUAUUAGUCUUUUUUUCUUAUCUCAAUGGUUAUAAGUACUUUGUAGCUGACAAUGAAACUCAUCAAUUUCUUUUGGAUGGUAAACCAUUUAGAUACAUAUCUGGAGAAUUUCAUUAUUUUCGUGUACCAUCAAUUUACUGGAGAGAUAGAUUAAAGAAAGCUCGUGGUCUUGGUUUAAAUAGUAUACAAGUUUAUAUUCCUUGGAAUUAUCAUAAUCCAUUUGAGGGACAAUAUCUUUUUAAUGGUGAAUAUGAUUUUGUUAAAUUUAUUAAAAUGGCACAAGAAGAAGAUUUAUUUGUUUUAUUAAGAGCUGGUCCAUAUAUUUGUGCUGAAUGGGAGAAUGGUGGUUUACCAUGGUGGUUAUCAGUAAAAGAUAAAAAUAUUACUAUGAGAAGUUUUGAUCCUACAUAUUUAAAACAUAUGUCUAAAUGGUGGUCUAUAUUAAUGAAUAAAGUUAAGCCUUUGUUAAUAAAAAAUGGUGGUCCAAUAUUAAUGGUACAAAUAGAAAAUGAAUAUGGCAGUUAUUUUGCCUGUGACAAAAAAUAUAUGGCAUAUUUAAGAGAUUUAACUUGGACAUUACUUGGAAAUGAUAUUCAAUUAUAUACAACAGAUGGUAUAAAUAAAGAUUUUCUUGAGUGUGGAUGUGUUGAUAAAGUUUUAUGUACUGUUGAUUUUGGUGUAAGAAAUUCUAAAGAUGAUGUUAAUAAACAAUUUGCACUUCAAAAUCAAUUUACUCAUGGUGGUCCUAAAGUAAACUCAGAAUAUUAUGUUGGAUGGUUUGUAGGAUGGGGGAAAAGAAAAUUUAGUUUUCCUACAUCAAAACAAGUUGUUAAUAGUCUUCAAUGGAUGUGGGAAGCUGGAGGAAAUAUUAAUAUUUAUACUGUUACUGGUGGAACCUCUUUUGGUUUUACUACAGGAACAAUUUAUGAUGGAACAAUUGUAGCAACAACUUAUGAUUUUGAUGCUCCAAUUAAAGAAAAUGGUGAUAUAGGUGAUAAAUAUUAUGCUAUUCAAGAAUGGGUAAAUAAUUUAAAAGAUUGGAAAUGGAAACCUAUUAAAGGAUAUAAAAAUUAUACAAGAAUUGCCUACGGAAAAGUUGAAUUAAAAAUUCUUGAAGAUGGAAUUUCACACAUUGAACAAAAAUGUGCCUUUUCAGAUAGGCCAUUAACAUUUGAAGAAUUAAGAACACCAUAUGGAUUUGUUUUAUACAAAACAAGUGUAAAUGAUUUAAAAGAAAUAUCAGUACCUGGAAUUAAAGACAUUGGUUUUAUAUCAGUAAAUAAUAAUUAUAUUGGAAAAAUUGAUCAAAAAAAUUAUACUUUAAAAACAGAUCACAAAGGAUGUGGUGGACUUGAAAUAUUAGUUGAAAAUCAAGGACGUUCUGACUAUGAAACAUUUGUUGAUUGGAAAGGUAUUCUUGAUAAUAAUAUUACAGUUAAUGGAAAAAAAAUAAAUAAAUGGGAGUCUUGUUGGCUUAGUCUUUAUAUAAGAGAUGAAUAUUAUAGAAAAAAUGUUUCAACAAAAAUAAAUUUAACAUCUGAAAACAAAUUACUUGGUCCUACAGUUUUCUUGGGUAUUCUUGAAAUAAAACAAUUAGCUGAUACAUAUAUUGUAUCUAAAGGUUUUCAUAAAGGAAUAAUUUUAAUAAAUGAUCAUAAUUUAGGAAGAUAUUGGAAUGAUAUGGGACCACAACAAAGUUUAUAUGUACCUAAAUCAUUUUUACGAAUAGGAAAAAAUAAAAUAAUGGUUUUGGAGUUGGAGAAAUGUGAUAUUUGUGAUGGUGAAAAUGAUUGUUUCAUUGAAUUUGUACAAGAUUCCAUUUGGAACUGGAAUUAA